UGCUUCACCCCAGCCCAGAGAUUUACAAGGAUCUGUACGAUUGCAAGAAGCACUACCCAGCCAUCUCUCGUCCGGCGCUACACUCUAAACCGCCCGCCACUACAGAAGCAUUUGCUACUACGAUCACCGGCAACCCCUCACCUCCAUCCAAGGAGAAGCGUAACAACCAAGCCAACCACCACAGCGACACCGUCAUCAUCAAAUAACAUCACAACCACAAUGGCAGCAAACGAACGCUACAAACUCGUCUUCUUUGUCCCUCCCUCCGACCUGGAGAAAUGCAAGGAGGCCAUCUUCGCGACGGGCGCGGGAACCUUCCCCGGAGGAAAGUACAGCAAAUGCGCAUUCCAGACGACGGGCACUGGACAGUUCCUUCCCUCGGACACGGCGAAUCCAGCGAUUGGGCAACAGGGGAUGUUGGAGUCUGUGGAGGAGGUCAAGGUUGAGAUAAUGUGUUUCUCGAGGGAGGUGAUGGUCGAGGCUGUGGGGGAGCUGGUGAAGGCUCAUCCGUACGAGGAGGUUGCGUAUGAGGUGUAUCGGGUGGAGGAUAUCUGAGGAUAUUUGAUCCACUCAUAUCUAUGACUAGUAUUGCAAUGAAUCUAUCUCCUGUCUCUCGUCUCGUCUCGUCUCGUCUGUCCUUCUGUUGUCUCUGUGCUCUCUGGAGUAAAACUGCCAGGCGGAGUAAUCUGCCUGCGCUGAUUGGCUGUAGCUGCCGUGGACAUCCUCUUCCGCUCACUUCGACUUCAUCACUUCCUCCAGUCUCUGUAGUCU